CUCCUGAAAACCCUCCCGGUGAUUGAAAAUCAGCUCGAUGCCCUCCUUGCGUUCGAUGCCACUUCGAACGAGCUGGUCAAUUCGGUCCUGCGUGUGGCGCAUCUGCAUUUGUAUCGCGACCUCAUUCGACUGUACGCUGUGUACAACGAGGCCAUGAUUAACCUAAUCGGUCGCUAUUUUACGAUGACGAAACGUGAUUGCAGGACUGCCUUAGUCAUUUACAAAGCUUUCCUAAAACGAAUGGAGGCCAUGAAUGCUUUUGUUAAAAUAGCUGAGAACACCAUGAUUCGGUUCCCAGAUCAGGCCACUGAUUCGUCGUCAUUUGCUCCAUCUCAAGAAAAUGACAGUAUUACCUUCCAGCCGGUUCCACCAUCUGUACUAGAAGCGCUUGAACAGCAUUUAUCCUACUUGGAAAACCAUAAACCACCUGAGGGUUCCUCCACUCGAACCACUGGUACCAGUGAUGGUACUCUCACUAACAGUAAACUUGGAGCAACUGCUGGGGAUUUUGGCGGUAGCCAGGAUAAUGACGGGACCAGUUCCGCCUGGUCACCCGGGCACGCUGGUUCUUCAGAUUUUGUUCUUACUGAAAAGGAAAGAAUGCACAUUAUUGAGGAGGAACGAGCUCGCCUCGAGUCAUUCGUUUCUAAUGCGCGCAAGCAAGCCCAGUCCAACGCGGAGACCGAAAUGCGAACGUCUGCCGACCUUUUGACAAAAUUAUCCACGGAUGCGGAAUUCGUUGACUUGUUGACAUCACAUGACAGCGAUUCGGAUCUAGUCUUUCCGAACGCUACGAAUUCUUCGUGGCCUAUAACCCAAACACAAUCCGGCCACGAUGCAUGGUCCGUUCCGUCGGAAUCUGCAGCUACCCAACAAAAGCAAACUACUAGCGGUGAACUUGCAUUGCUCGAUCUCACUGGCCCAGACAUUUCAGAUCCGUUCGGAUCUGUUUCGAAACCUAAUGUAUUUAUACCUCCUGCGACGGUCAUCACACCCUUUUCAGCUCCCCCACCGGCUUCCGUGGUAUCUUCAAACCCAUUUUUACUCAGUCCUGCAUCAGGCCCCUUCACGUCAACCGUGCCUAGCAGUUUGCAUCCAGCAGUUAACGCAUGGUCUACUAUCCAAUCGCAAUACGCACCUUUCGGCCUUCCAUCCAACAGCAGUGAGACAACAUGCACUACUCAAAACGACGCACCAUCAGUGCCAUCUAGUAAUGGGCCUACAUCCUCCGCUCUCGAUGCUAGAUUAGCACAACUGGCUGGAAAUUUGACGGUCACAGGAGACUCACCUGCAGCCUCUUAUCGUGCUCCAGACGGUUCGGUAACCGCUGUAAAAUGGACAGGUACUAGCCAGAUUUUGCGGCCGUCAACUAACCCGGUCCAGACGACCUCCAUGCGCAACUCCGCCUCGUUGAAUCAGCUCACAGGACCAGCUGUUUCACCCGCAUCGGGACCUACUAAUCCUUGGUAUUCUCCGGUACCAAAUAUGAACCAGGUUUAUCCCAAGGUACCUAUCCCAACGACGGCAUACGCUUCUAUGUACCAACAAUGGCCCCAAGCAUACCCAAACGCAGCUCAGAGCAACCCGUUUUCAGCCGUUUCUUCGAACACUACCGUUCAUUCUACAAACCCAUUUCUUUGAUCACCCAUCCAGAUAGAUUGACGAACUUAUUUCAACGUUAUGCUGCGUCCGGCCUGGCAUACUGUUCUCACAGCGCAUGCUUGUCAGCUUCGGGUCAUCGAAGGUGACAAUAAAUGCUCAAAUUUGCUAUUGUGAUUCUUUCCCGAGUGGUAACACACUUCCAAAUCAGCGGAGGGGUUGUUUGUGCUACCCCGUUAACUCAUUCACGCCGCCUCUGAUCUUUUUUUUCGUGAAAAAGGUUGUAUAUUUAUGCCAUCAAUGCAUCUAUACCUUUCUCGAUUUACUCGAACGCAUCCCCUCGUUUAUCCACCACCCAUGUUUAUCCAGAUCCCCUACUGUCCACCAUUUCCCUGCUUUAUCUCCUACAAUCUUUCUGAUGCCCCCCCGGCCAACUUCGAAUUUAUCUGUAUACCCUUACAGUUACUACUAGAAGCUUUCUUUCAUGCGUCUCUCCUGUGUUCCGUGAGUUAGCAUGCCUUCAUUGCAUGUGCACAGAUUUCCGCCUUACUUCUUUGUGUGCGCUGGUCACUUGCUGAUUCUCAUUACAGAUGCCCCUUCUCCCCUACUCCGUUUUGUGCGCAUUAUGGUCUUGGAUGACACUGUUUUA